GUGAGAGCCCCUUGGGGGACGUUUUUCCGAAUACCUAGACGUCAUAGUGCUGUUUAACUGUGUGUUGGUUAUGAAUACUGGGGAAAAUUUAAGUGACAGUGAAGUGCAACAAUGGUUCCCCCAAAGAAGCAGAAAAAGGCGCUGGAGUCGAUUAACUCGCGACUUGCGCUGGUGAUGAAGUCUGGCAAAUACGUGUUUGGAUACAAACAGACACUGAAGAUGCUGCGCCUGGGAAAAGCUAAGCUUGUUAUCAUUGCCAGCAAUACCCCUGCCCUUAGGAAAUCCGAGAUCGAGUACUACGCCAUGUUGGCGAAGACGGGCGUGCAUCACUACAACGGCAACAACAUCGAGCUGGGCACAGCCUGCGGCAAAUACUUCCGUGUCUGCGGUAUGACGAUUACCGACGCCGGUGAUUCCGACAUCAUUCACUCCAUGCCUGAGGGACAGUAAAUACACGGUUGUCACCAG